AUGCUCAGCGAGGCGAGCCGCGUGCAGACGAACGCGCUCCAGUCCGCGGCGGAGAUCGCCACGGACGCGCGCUUCACGGAGUCGCUCCGCGUCGACUGGCGGCCGCGCGACGCCAUGUCCGAGGCCGACGCGGACAAGCUGCGCCGGAAGUGGUGCAUCCUCGUCGACGGCGACGACGUGCCGGCGCCCAUCAAGUCCUUCGCGGGCAUGGGCCUCGAGCGGGACCUGCUGGACGCGCUCGGCGAGAAGCGGAUCACGCGGCCGACGCCCAUCCAGGUCCAGGGCAUGCCCGUCGCGCUCGCGGGCCGCGACAUGAUCGGCAUCGCCUUCACGGGCUCGGGCAAGACCGUGGCCUUCAGCGUGCCCCUCAUCGUGCGCGCGCUCGAGGCGGAGCGGCGGUCGCCGCUGCGGGCCGGCGAGGGCCCCGUCGGCCUCGUCUUAUGUCCCUCGCGCGAGCUCGCGCGCCAGACCUGGGAGGUCGUCGACUUCUUCAUGGCGCGCCUGCGCGGCGCCGGCGGGCGGCGGGGCGACGUGCUGCGGUCCGCGUGCUGCAUCGGCGGCGAGCCCAAGGGCCCGCAGCUCGACGACCUGCGGCGCCGGGGCGUCCACGCCGUCGUCGCGACGCCCGGGCGGCUCAAGGACUUCCUCGAGUCGCGCCAGGUGCGCCUGGGCCGCUGCUCCUACUUCUGCCUCGACGAGGGCGACCGCAUGCUCGACCUCGGCUUCGACGAGGAGGUGCACAAGGUCAUGAACCACUUCGAGGCCCAGCGGCAGACGCUGCUCUUCUCCGCGACGAUGCCCCAGAAGUUCCAGGACUUCGCGCGGGGCGCCCUCGUGCGCUCCGUGCUCGUCAACGUGAGCCGCGCGGGCGCGGCGAACCUCGACGUGAUCCAGGAGGUCGAGUACGUCAAGCUCGAGGCGCGCAUCGUCUACCUCCUCGAGUGCCUGCAGAAGACGGCGCCGCCCGUCGUCAUCUUCUGCGAGCGCAAGGGCGACGUCGACGACAUCCACGAGUAUUUACUGUUAAAAGGCGUCGAGGCCGUGUCGAUCCACGGCGGCAAGGACCAGGGCGAGCGCAACGGCGCGAUCGACGCGUUCAAGCGCGGCGCCAAGGACGUGCUCGUGGCCACGGACGUCGCGGCCAAGGGGCUGGACUUUCCGGACAUCCAGCACGUCAUCAACUUCGACAUGCCCGCGGAGAUCGAGAACUACGUGCACCGCAUCGGCCGCACGGGCCGCUGCGGCAAGACGGGCGUCGCGACGACGUUCAUCAACAAGACCGUCGAGCCGUCGAGCCUGUUGGACCUCAAGCAUCUGCUGGUGGAGGCGAAGCAGCGCGUGCCGCCCGUGCUCCAGGUCCUCGACGAGCCCGACGCGAACCGCCUCGCGGGCGACGCGAAGGGCUGCGCGUUCUGCGGCGGCCUCGGCCACCGCAUCACGGACUGCCCGAAGCGCGACAAGGACGCGCGGCGCCUCAACGCGAACCGCCGCGACAUGAUCGCCGGCUCCGGCGGCGCGGGGGGCGACUGGUAA